CACGACGGGGAGGGAACAGCAGAUGGGAUGCAAAGCCGUCCUCCACACAGCGCUCUCCUUUUUGCUCUGGCUCUACCCCUGUCCCACCUCCAUUCUGGUCUCUGCCCCUUUGUCCCUCUCUCUGAGGCUGUCUUGGCCUCCAGCCCUGUUCCGGUCCCUUUCUCGGCCCCUAAGAGGGCAGAGCUGGCCAGGCCCCGAGAUAAGCGCAGCGGUUGGGUAAGGAGCCCGAACCUUUUGAAGGCCGGCGCUUGCACAAGGAGUGGCCGGGGGGCCCGCGGAGGGAACCGGCCGGCGGGGCGGGGCCCGGCCCGUCGGGGGAGGGCUGAGGGGAGGCGGGGCCGGCGCGGCGCGGCCCGAGCCUCGGACGGCGCGACAGGCAGCGGGAGCGGACGGCGGCCGCGUAGUGAGGACCUGGACAUCGCUGUGUGGCUGGCCACGGUGCACCUGGAGCAGUAUGCAGACACGUUCCGGCGGCAUGGCCUGGCCACGGCGGGUGCAGCCCGGGGCCUGGGCCACGAGGAGCUGAAGCAGUUGGGCAUCAGCGCCACAGGGCACCGGAAACGCAUUCUGCGCCUGCUGCAGGCCGGGGCUGCACAGGGCUCCCUGGAUCCCCAGUCGGACGGUGCCAUGGAGCCAUCCCCCAGCGUAGCUCCCCAAGCCCAGCCCCCCAAGCCUGUGCCUAAGCCCAGGACAGUAUUUGGUGGGCUCAGCGGCCCUACCACCACCCAAAGGCCUGGAGUGAGCCCAGCCCUCUGGAGACCAGACGUGCCCAGGAGCCCAGAGUCCAGCCCGAAGUCCCCUCCUCUCCCCGCAGCCUCCUCUGAGCAGACUUCAGUCUUGAAUACUAUGGAGAUGAUGCCCAAUGCCAUCUACUUUGGCCUGGACUUAAGAGGCGGGGCACAGACAGCUCAGGACAUGGCCCCGGACAGCUCCCAGGCAGCUGCCCCCACCCCUGCCCUCCGGCCCACAACAGGCACAGUGCACAUCAUGGACCCUGGCUGUCUGUACUAUGGUGUCCAGCCUGUGGGCGUCCCAGGGCCACCCGACAGAAGAGAAGGCAGAGGUGUCUGUCAGGACAGGGCUGAACAAAGGCUCAGCAGGCAGGAUCUGGAGGCACGGGAGGACGCUGGCUAUGCCAGCCUUGAGCUGCCCGGGGAUGCCACCCUCUCACCACCCACCCUGGACAUGGAGACCAACGAUGACCUCAUUUCACCCUAUGCCAGCUUCUCCUCCACAGCAGACCGCCCCACGCCGCUUCUCAGUGGCUGGCUAGACAAGCUCUCCCCUCAGGGAAACUACGUUUUCCAGAGGCGCUUUGUGCAGUUCAAUGGGAGGAGUCUAAUGUACUUUGGCAGCGAUAAGGAUCCCUUCCCCAAGGGCGUGAUCCCUCUGACUGCCAUUGAGAUGGCCCGCAGCAGCAAGGACAACAAGUUCCAGGUCAUCACUGGCCAGAGGGUGUUCGUGUUUCGCACAGAGAGCGAGGCCCAGCGGGACACAUGGUGCUCCACGCUACAAUCCUGCCUGAGGGAGCAGCGCCUGCUGGGCCACCCCCGGCCCCCUCAGCCACCCCGACCCCUCCGCACAGGCAUGCUGGAGCUCCGCGGACACAAGGCCAAGGUUUUUGCCGCUUUGAGUCCUGGGGAGCUGGCGCUGUACAAGAGUGAGCAGGCCUUUUCUUUGGGCAUCGGGAUCUGCUUCAUUGAACUGCAAGGCUGCAGCGUCCGGGAGACCAAGAGUCGCAGCUUUGAUCUGCUCACACCCCAUCGCUGCUUCAGCUUCACAGCCGAGUCUGGGGGGGCUCGGCAGAGCUGGGCGGCCGCUCUGCAGGAAGCAGUAACCGAGACCCUGUCUGACUACGAGGUGGCUGAGAAAAUCUGGUCCAAUCGGGCAAACCGGCACUGUGCGGACUGUGGGGCCUCCCGCCCAGACUGGGCCGCUGUCAACCUGGGGGUGGUCAUCUGCAAGCAGUGUGCAGGGCAGCACCGGGCCCUGGGUUCUGGGAUCUCCAAGGUACAGAGCCUGAAGCUGGACACAAGUGUCUGGAGUAAUGAGAUAGUGCAGUUGUUCAUUGUUCUGGGAAAUGAUCGUGCCAACCGCUUCUGGGCAGGGGCACUACCCCUAGGCGAGGGGCUGCAUCCAGAUACAAGCCCUGGCCCCCGGGGAGAGUUCAUCUCCCGGAAGUACCGGCUGGGUCUCUACCGGAAGCCCCACCCUCAGUAUCCGGAUCAUAACCAGCUUCUCCAGGCACUGUGUGCAGCUGUGGCAGGACCCAACCUGCUGAAGAACAUGACCCAGCUCCUCUGUGUUGAGGCCUCAGAGGGCGAGGAGCCCUGGUCCCCCUCAGCCCUCGAUGGCAGCUUUCCUGGUCUCCUGCUCCCAGACCCUUCCCCUGGUGUGUACAAUGAGGUGGUGGUACCUGCCACUUACAGCAGCUUCCUGUACUGUGGUCCCAUCAGCAGCAAAGCUGGACCCCCACCUCCUCGCAGGGGCCGGGAUGCUCCCCCCAGGCUGUGGUGCGUGCUGAGAGCGGCUCUGGAAAUGUUUGCAUCAGAAAGCAGCCCUGAACCCCUCAGCCUCAUCCAGCCCCAGGAUGUUGUAUGUUUGGGUGUGAGUCCCCCACCCACUGACCCAGGUGACCUCGACAGGUUCCCCUUUUCCUUUGAGCUCAUCCUCACCGGGGGGAGGAUCCAGCAUUUUGGCACAGAUGGCGCUGAUAGUCUAGAGGCCUGGACCAGUGCUGUGGGCAAGUGGUUCUCCCCGCUGAGCUGCCACCAGCUGUUGGGUCCCGGGCUGCUGCGGCUGGGCCGCCUGUGGCUGCGCUCUCCCACCCAUUCAGCCCUGGCCCCUGGCCUCUGGCUGUCAGGGUUCGGACUUCUUCGUGGUGACCACCUCUUCCUGUGUCCAGCACCGGGCCCUGGCCCGCCAGCCCCCGAGGACAUGGUGCAUCUGCGGCGGCUACAGGAAAUCAGUGUGGUUUCAGCAGCUGACACCCCAGACAAGAAGGAGCAUUUGGUCCUGGUGGAGACAGGAAGGACCCUGUAUUUGCAGGGGGAGGGCCGGCUGGAUUUCUCAGCAUGGAAUGCAGCCAUUGAGGGGGCAGCCGGCGGUGGCGGCACAGGGCUGCAGGAGCAGCAGAUGAGCCGGGGUGACAUCCCCAUCAUCGUGGAUGCCUGCAUCAGUUUUGUCACCCAGCAUGGGCUCCAGCUGGAGGGCAUAUACCGGAAAGGGGGCGCCCGUGCCCGUAGCCUUCGGCUCCUGGCUGAAUUCCGGCGGGAUGCCCGGUCAGUGAAGCUCCGGCCAGGAGAGCACUUUGUGGAAGACGUCACCGAUACACUCAAACGCUUCUUUCGAGAGCUUGAUGACCCUGUGACCUCUGCACGGUUGUUGCCUCGCUGGAGGGAGGCUGCUGAGCUACCCCAGAAGAAUCAGCGCCUGGAGAAAUACAAAGAAGUGAUUGGCUGCUUGCCACAGGUCAACCGCCGCACAUUGGCUACCCUCAUCGGGCACCUCUAUCGGGUACAAAAGUGUGCCGCUCUAAACCAGAUGUGCACGCGGAACCUGGCCCUGCUGUUCGCACCCAGCGUGUUCCAGACGGAUGGGCGGGGGGAACAUGAGGUGCGGGUGCUGCAGGAGCUCAUCGAUGGCUACGUCUCUGUCUUUGAUAUUGACUCUGACCAGGUAGCUCAGAUUGACUUGGAGGUCAGUCUUAUCACCACCUGGAAGGAUGUACAGCUGUCCCAGGCUGGAGACCUCAUCAUGGAGGUUUAUAUAGAACAGCAGCUCCCAGACAACUGUGUCACCCUAAAGGUGUCUCCGACACUGACUGCUGAGGAGCUGACUAACCAGGUAUUGGAGAUGAGGGGGACAGAGGCUGGGAUGGACUUGUGGGUGACAUUUGAGAUUCGUGAGCACGGGGAACUUGAGCGGCCACUGCACCCCAAGGAAAGGGUCCUCGAGCAGGCCCUUCAAUGGUGCCAGCUUCCAGAGCCCUGCUCGGCCUCCUUGCUCUUGAGAAAAGUCUCCCUGGCCCAGGCCGGCUGCCUCUUCACAGGUAUCCGGCGUGAGAGCCCAAGGGUGGGUCUGUUGCGGUGUCGGGAGGAGCCGCCCCGCUUACUGGGAAACCGCUUCCAGGAGAGGUUCUUUCUGCUGCGUGGGCGCUGCUUGCUGCUGCUCAAGGAAAAGAAGAGCUCUAAACCAGAACGAGAGUGGCCUUUGGAAGGUUCCAAGGUCUACCUGGGAAUCCGAAAGAAGUUAAAGCCUCCAACACCGUGGGGCUUCACAUUGAUACUGGAGAAGAUGCACCUCUACCUGUCCUGCACUGACGAGGAUGAGAUGUGGGACUGGACCACCAGCAUCCUCAAAGCCCAGCAUGAUGACCAGCAGCCAGUGGUCUUACGACGCCAUUCCUCCUCUGACCUUGCCCGUCAGAAGUUUGGCACCAUGCCUUUGCUGCCCAUCAGAGGAGAUGACAGUGGGGCCACCCUCCUCUCUGCCAAUCAGACCCUGCCAAUGAAGUCAUCCCAGGGGUCUGUGGAGGAGCAAGAGGAACCAGAGGAGCCUGUCUAUGAGGAGCCAGUGUAUGAAGAAGUGGGGGCCUUCCCCGAGCUGACCAAGGACAUCUCUACCCCCUUCUCCACAAUAAGAGAAAAGACAGCCAACCCGGAGACCCCCCUCACCAGCCAGAGGUCCUUCGACAAACCCCUUUUUCCCAAGGCAGGUGGCCCGGGCCCAGAGGAGAGGCCACCUGAGCCCCCUCCUGGCCCCCCUUCAAAGAACAGCCCCCAGGCACAUGGGUCCCUGGAGGAGCAGCUGCUCCAGGAGCUUAGCAGCCUCAUCCUGAGGAAGGGAGAAACCACCAUAGGCCUGGGCAGCCCCUCCCAGCCCUCCAGCCCCCAGUCCCCAAACCCCAAUGGCCUUCUGGCACAGACUCCUGGCUUUCCCACCCAAACGUCCAGUUCACCCUCCAGCCAGCCGCUCACAUGACCCUAAGAUGAGUAGUCUGAAGGGGGAGGUAACCAGAGGACCCAAGCUCUCACCAUGGCAGACACUGCUGGGAGCCUCCUCUGCUCUGGCUGGAAAGACUCUAGAAUCCAGUGUGGUGCUAUGGAAAGAGCACAGGACUGAGGGCUCUGGACUCUCCUGCCCAGAGAGGGUCAGAUUAUGGCCCCUCACUGAACCUCCACUCACUUACAUGUACCAUGAAGUCACUGAAAUAAGGAGCCAGUGAAACACCAAAGUGUGUCUUAGAGCUGUAAGCCCCACAUAAUUUCCCUCAACAAGAGUAACUCCUACUUUAUAUAUUUGAUAUGUAGGAGUUCUGUGAGAGAUUUUGUGUUUGAAAGGAAUGGUCUUACAGCAUUAAAGAAAAAAAAAAAAAAGAUUUGGAAGCCAGAGAGCUAAAUGAUCUCCAAGUCUAUCCUACCCCACCUCCUACAUUUGGGGACUACACUGAAGACCUAGAGUGUGGAGGUUGAUUGGGGUUGGGAGCUGGGGCAAAGAGGGGCCAAAAAGGAUGUGUCACUGUUAAUAAAUCUUGGAACCAAAAA